AGAGGAAAUGCCUACUGUCGAUGGAAUGGAGAAAUCCGCGUUUAUCAGCACGUUUUUGGCACGAAUGGCUGUAGAGCGGGAACCGCCCGUAGAUAUCGCCGCUCGCAUUGAGGUGGAGGAUAAGGCUUUUUCUGGUCUGGUUACGGUUGGCCAGUUCUCUAUCGUUGUGAAAAGCGACAAGGAUUCACAAGAGCAUUUCGAGGUUCCUCUGUAUUGCUUGAAGACAGUGUCAUACGAGGACUCGCGUGCAAGCCUGCAACUCAUGCUGGCGCCUGAGGACUGCAAAGACUUCAGUGUCGACGCAGUGGAAACUGUCACACUAGAUAUGGAGUUUCUUGACCAAUCGAGACUUGCUCAGUUCUCGGAGGCUCUAGGAAGAGUCGUGAACUCUGAGUGCAUGGAGGGCCCCGAGCAGGAUUUGCUUGACGCGCUGGCGAGCCCGAAUGAGGACUACAUAUCUGCUGAUGCCGGUGAUGGCAGUGAACCGAGCAGCCAAUCGAAUUCCCAGCCGCGGAAACUGCGAAAAACGUGUGACUUUGCUUCGACAAAAGAUUUAGAAGAACUAGUAUUUUCCGCGGGCCUAUCGGCAAACAAGGUCUCCGCUCAUGACGUACCUACAAGCAGCAUGGCGGGUAGUAUCACUUCCAUACAAAGCCCGAUUUCUCAGCCGAUUGACACAGAACAGGAUACGCAUCAAGCGAAGUCUCGUCGUCGUCGCGUAGAGUUCGCGUCAACGAAAGACUUGGAGGCUGCAGGCGAAAUUGUGACGUGGUCAUUCUCUCAUUCGGACCGUCACGAUGCACCGGGCAGUUCGGAUGUUCACGUUGAUCCUGGGACUGACGCAGAAAAUGGUCAGGCCGCACUUCAAGCAAGCCAAGCCACCCAGAAAGCUACUGCCCAACACACGCCAUCCCGACAGACACAAGAAGCUCAGACUCUGCUGUCUCCACACGAAACAUCAUGCGGAAGCAAAGAUGGUGUUGGGGUCGGCAGUAGUCACAUCCAGGCGUCGGCUGCCAGCAUCGGUCUCGGGGCUGAGUACAAAGGAGAAGCAUGCUGCACCGCCGAGGACGCAAGACGUUUGAAUCACCCAGAAUCUCAUUCGAAGCUUACUGCGGUCAACUCAUCCAUAUCUCAGCACACGCUUCUGAGUGCCGUUUCACCGGUGACAACGACACGACGCGAUCGCGCGCACACCUCUUGCGGACAAGAACGACGAGGUGGUGCAAAAGUAAUAUUCCCUCCCGCCGACACGAAGGCACCUGUUGCGAUGUUCGCGGAAUCACCUGGAGCUCACCAGUUGCCGCAGGGGCUGCAUGGCUGUCGGUCGUUUCCUUCACCUUUUGUGGAUAUCAUGCCGAGAAAGAAAAGAACGUACACCCAAGGCCACUGCCCCCACUCUAAACAGCUGCACGAAACAUCUCCGCCAAAAGAGUCCUUCAGUAGCUAUGGCAAUCUUAAUCCUGCUCAGCCUGAGGACGAUCGGGAGAGCGUUGUCCGUAUGUUGGUGAGGGCAACCGAGUCUAUAGAAAAUGGGAAACAUAAACUUUUAAAUCUAGUACACUCCGAAUUCAAAAAUGCCGAAUCCGAGAUUCAACAGAAGUUUCUGCGGCUCAUCGAGUGCCAGAAGGCCAGUUUUGAUAAGCUUGCCAUCAACGUUGAGACAGAGAAGAGGAACAUUCUGAAGAGAAUGCAGGUUCUGCCAGACCGUGUCCCCGAAUUCAAUCUGGAGUUCAAACACCCAGCAUUUCGUGCUGUGCUGGCCGAAAAAGAGGCUGGUACCGAUGAGGCUGCCGGGAUCUCCGUACAGGAUAUGAUCAGAGCAUUUAAGGAGGAAACCCAUGAUAAGCUCCGUGGGAUUCAAAAGCGAGUGUUAGGCACACGAGACGCUGACUAGAGCGCCACGCUGAGCUUGUGCAUGUACCGAAGGUAGAGUGUGCGUAUCUGUAAAAUACUCGCCGACAAAGCAUGCUGUACGCUGCGACGCCGUAGUCGGAAACUCGUUCGUUGCCAUAGUCCUACUCUGUGUGCUCCUCCGGCCUACGCUUUGACUGAAGUAUUCACUACUGGUUAAGUACCUUUGUGUUCAUCUAUGCACUAACAAACCUGAGGCAGUUCAGCAGUCAGGGGUACUCGUCUGUACCACAAUCCGGGCACUGCCUGUUGCACAUCGGUUUGAGGUCAACGGUGGCCGCCAGACGUGCUGAGCAUGUCACUGCUA